CCGGCCCGCGCCCCGCCGCUGACCCGCCGCAGCAGGGAGCCACACGCCGCACGUGGAGCCACCGCCGCUGAGGAGCCGAGGCCUUCGCCAUGGAGUUCGUGAUGAAGCAGGCCCUGGGAGGGGCCACCAAGGACAUGGGGAAGAUGCUGGGGGGCGACGAGGAGAAGGACCCCGACGCCGCCAAGAAGGAGGAGGAGCGCCAGGAGGCCCUGCGGCAGGAGGAGGAGGAGCGCAAGGCCAAGUACGCCAAGAUGGAGGCGGAGCGCGAGGCCAUGCGCCAGGGCAUCCGCGACAAGUACGGCAUCAAGAAGAAGGAGGAGCGGGAGGCAGAGGCCCAGGCCGCCAUGGAGGCCAACUCAGAGGGCAGCCUGACCCGGCCCAAGAAGGCCAUCCCGCCGGGCUGCGGGGACGAGCCGGAGGAGGAGGACGAGAGCAUCCUGGACACGGUCAUCAAGUUCCUGCCCGGGCCGCUGCAGGACAUGUUCAAGAAGUAACGCCCGUGCGGGCCCCCCUCGCCCUCCCCGCACCCCAGGCCCCAAGGGAUGUCAGCGCAGGGUCACCCCAAUAUAAGCCAUAGCCCUAGGUGUCCCCCCGCCCCCGGCCUCGGGAGCCCCUCCCUUCCCCCGCUGUCACGCUGUGCUCCUGCUGGAGGCGGGGACCCCCCACCUGCUGCUUUAACCGGACCCCCCCCCACAGCCCGGGACGCCCCUUACUGCUCCCGCGCUCACCGCCCACCCAGCAGCGUCUGAGGCCAGGGCCACCCAAGGGCCAGCCCCUCGACCACCCCUGGUGCGGCCCUGCGCGGUGGGCGCUGCGCCGCCGAGCCCAGGAGCACAGCCAUAGUGGGGGGCUGGGAUGGGGGCUGGGAGUGGCAGCAGCUGGUGCCUGGCGCCCCCUCCGGGCCAGCCUGGACCCCCAAGCUCCUCCGUGGCCAUUGCGGCUUCCAGGGCGCCGGCUGCCCCUCCCCCGGCCCUGCCAGGUCUUCCCGCAGCACUACUCCCUGGGGGCUCAGGUGGGGGGAAUGCCGGGGACACAAGCAAUAGGCUGGGCGUCUGAGACACCCUGUCACAGCCCCACCCAGCCCUGCUCCUGAGUCUGUGGGCCCAGCCCGCUCCCCCUGGUCGGCACCUCCUGUCCUCCCCCACCUGAGGCUGCUCUGGGGGUGCCUACCCUCACCCCUAAACACCCACACCUUUCACAAGAGCUGGGGAGGCCUGAGCCGCCAGAGACCCGGCCUCCAGUGCAGGGAGCCAGAGGCCCACAGGGGCCCUGGAGGCGGGAUUGGUGUUGUGGGGGAGCCCAGGCCAGCUUGAGGGACGCCCCUGGGCCUCUGCACCCCUGCUUCCUCCAUCUGGCUCAUUUGUGUCCCGAUAUGUUGAAUCUCAGGUAAAUGAGGUCUUCUGUAUUCUCGGGUUUUAGCUGGACAGAAAGCCCCUGUCCACCCCUCAUUGUACCCACGUGUCGCGGGCCAGGGCGCGGCCCCUGCUCUGCAGAGAAGCCAUACGAUUAGCCUGCAAUACGCCGUCCCCGCGCGGAGCAUGCCUGCCCGCGCCCCGCGCGCCCGCAGCUCCGGCUGCCCCCCACCCGCCUCGGGCGCCUGCCGCCCAGCUCAGCGUCGCUGUGGCUGUCUGUCCGUCUGUCCUUGGCCCAUGCCCCCCCUGCAUGUCGGGGGCCACCGCGUGCGUCUCCCCCUGGAAUCACAGCCAAUAAAAACAGUGGUUUCACCCGGUGUCUUCACUGCGGGCCCG